AUGCGACUCCACGUCUUUAGUAUAAUAAUAUUCGUAAGCGUGCUAGUCGUGAGGAAAACUUCAUCCCAUGGAAGACUGAUAGAACCGCCCUCGAGGGCCUCGAUGUGGAGAUACGGAUUCGAUACACCGCACGAUUACAACGAUCACGAAUGCUACUGCGGCGGGUUUACCAGGCAAUGGCAGCGAAAUAAAGGGAACUGCGGGAUCUGCGGUGACGCUUGGGACACGCCAACGCCACGUGCUCACGAGACCGGCGGAAAAUACGGAAACAGCGUGAUAGUGAGGAAAUACCGUACCGGUUCCGUGAUACCGGUACGAGUCGAGCUGACGGCGAACCAUCACGGUUAUUUCGAGUUUCGAACGUGCUCGAUGACCUACAAGGGCAAGGAAGUCACCCAGGAAUGCCUAGACAAAUAUCUUCUGCGGUCGGAGAACGGAUCGAAUAGAUAUUAUCCUGGACCGGGUAACAAAAUUUUCGAGGCUUUCUACAAAUUACCGGACGACCUGACUUGCGCUCAGUGCGUCUUUCAGUGGAGAUACACAGCCGGGAACAAUUGGGGCGACUGCGGAAAUGGAACAGGAGCUGUGGGCUGUGGCCCCCAAGAAGAGUUCCGUUCCUGCGCCGAUAUUACUAUAGGCGAUAACGUAGAACCGUUGCCGCCCAGACCGCCGACCCAGCCACCGACUGCAUCGGUUCCGGGUGAGAAGUCACCGACAGAGCCAACAACAGUGUCGAAGUUAACUGGGCCGUAUUGGCUGCUCAGUAUCAUUAUCGCUGGCACGUGCCUCCUGGUCGUCCUGGCGGCUAUGGCACUGCUUUACUCGUAUUACUAUCACGCUAGCAGAGCCAAAAAAUGGCUUAUGACCAGGCGAUUGUUGACACCUGAAAGUCCACCUGUCGCUCCGCCCAGGCAUAAAAGACACAACACAUACAACGCACCAUUGCAGCUGUAG